AUGAAGUUCUCCCUCGUCGUUCUCGCCGCCGCUGCCGCCACUGGCACCGCAGCAUCGCCUCUGACCGUCAGCGGAAGCACCUCGCUCCUCGGUCAGCUCGCCCAGCUGACGUCGCUCCCGACAUGCGCCGUUGCCUGCAUCAAUGCCUCGGCGCAAAAGGCCGGCACGGGCUCGCUGUCGCUUCUUCAGCUCAGCAGUCUGUGCAAGAAUGUCACGGGCGUCCUGAAUGGUGCGACUGUCUGUUUGCAGACGUGCAAGCUCCCUGUUGCCCAAUUGACACAGGUCACUACUACGCUCAAGACCGUCUGCGCUACUGUGAAGCUGUAG